UUAUUUGCAAAAUUCUAAAGUCAAACGGGAAUCUCUUCUUCCUAAAAACUUCUGAUACGCUUAUGUUCCCUCUCUUUUCUGUCUCUGGCGUCUCUCUCUCUCGCUAUACUUCACUUCGUCUGUUUCUCUCAAGUUUACACGCACAGACAUGGCCAUUGAAUGUCUCGUUCUAGGUGCAGGGCAAGAAGUGGGGAAGAGCUGUGUGGUUGUGUCGAUAAACGGGAAGAGGAUCUUGUUCGAUUGUGGGAUGCAUAUGGGUUAUCUCGAUCAUCGUCGAUACCCUGAUUUCUCUCUCAUCUCUAAAUCCGGGGACUUCGAUAACGCUCUAACCUGUAUCAUCAUCACCCAUUUUCAUUUGGAUCAUAUUGGGGCUCUUCCCUAUUUUACUGAAGUUUGUGGGUAUCGCGGGCCAAUAUACAUGACGUAUCCAACAAAAGCUUUGGGCCCAUUGAUGUUAGAAGAUUAUCGGAAAGUGAUGGUUGAUAGAAGGGGAGAGCAGGAACAAUUCAGUUACCAGAAUAUUGUGGACUGUAUGAAGAAAGUUACGGCUGUGGAUCUAAAGCAGACUGUGCAGGUUGAUAAGGACCUUCAGAUCCGUGCCUAUUAUGCAGGGCAUGUUCUUGGAGCUGCAAUGUUUUAUGCCAAGGUGGGAGAUACUGCUAUGGUUUACACUGGGGAUUAUAAUAUGACUCCGGAUAGACAUCUUGGGGCAGCUCAAAUCGACCGACUACAAUUGGAUCUCCUUAUCACAGAGUCAACAUAUGCAACAACUGUACGUGAUUCAAAAUAUGCUCGCGAGAGAGAAUUUCUUAAAGCUGUUCAUAAAUGUAUUGCUGGUGGAGGAAAGGUGCUUAUUCCUACUUUUGCUCUUGGAAGAGCUCAGGAACUCUGUAUGCUCUUGGAUGAUUAUUGGGAGCGCAUGAAUAUUAAGGUUCCUAUAUACUUCUCAGCAGGUUUGACAAUUCAAGCUAAUAUGUAUUAUAAAACGCUCAUCAGCUGGACCAGCCAAAAGGUGAAGGAUAUGUAUACUACCCGCAAUGCAUUCGAUUUUAAAAAUGUUUGCAGUUUUGACCGUUCUCUGGUAAAUGCUUUUGGACCUUGUGUUCUCUUCGCCACACCAGGGAUGAUCAGCGGCGGCUUUUCACUUGAGGUUUUCAAGCAGUGGGCUCCAUCUGAAAUGAAUCUUGUUACACUGCCUGGAUAUUGUGUGGCUGGAACUAUAGGACACAAAUUGAUGUCUGGUAAACCCUCCAAAAUUGAUGUGGAUGGCAGUCAAAUUGAUGUGCGAUGCCAGAUUCAUCAGUUGUCUUUUAGUCCUCAUACGGAUGCCAAAGGAAUUAUGGAUCUCGUCAAAUUUCUCUCUCCAAAGCACGUGAUACUUGUACAUGGCGAAAAGCCUAAGAUGGCUUCACUUAAACAGAGAAUUAGAUCUGAACUGGGAAUUCAGUGUUACGAUCCUGCAAAUAAUGACACCGUGUGCAUCCCUUCGACUCAGUAUGUAAAAUCAGAAGCCUCAAGUGCAUUAAUUAAAAGUUCGUUGACUCCAAAUUUCAGGUUCCUAAAUAGUUCAGAAGGCAGCUCUGAUUUAGGUUGCAUGGAUGCCAGAGCUAUGUCUCCGCUGCAGGUAUGCGAUGAUAGAGUAGCUGAAGGGAUUCUAAUUAUGGAGAAAAACCUGAAAGCAAAGGUUAUACACCAGGAUGAGCUUCUAGUGGUGUUGGGAGAGCAAAAGCAUGAAAUUAAGUUUUCAUACUGCUGUCCGGUACAGUUGGGCAGCUUUGGAAGGACCAAAAACACAGACCUUCCGUCAACAAACGAUGCGAUUCCCCUUGCUGACAAUCAAUCUUGGCUUCAUCUUUUAUUUGCAAAAGUUUCAAAAGAAUUCACUGAAGGGCACAUCCAAGAUUUUGGGGAAUAUCUUCAAGUAGAAUCAUUCCGAGUCUCUGUUUGUUUAAAGGACUACUGCCCUUACAGAUCCACUGAUAAUUUUCAAAAUAAAUCUGAAGCUGCGUUUUUUUGCUGCACUUGGUCCGUGGCAGAUGAGAAGUUUGCUUGGAAAGUCAUUGCAAUCAUGAAGGAUUUGGAUAUAAAUACCAUUUAGAGGGGCUUUACAUUGAGCUUAGACUGGUUUUGGUGAUGCAAUUUUAUGACGUUCAAAAAUCAUAUUUAAGCUACUUGUACAAUCCAUUGAAUUAAUCUGCAGUUUAUAUUUAAGUAUGCAGCUAUUAUGGUGGAAGUCGGAGUUCUUUAAGUUUUAGAUUUUUCUUCCUGGGCUUCAUAUAUUUUUAAAAAUAAUAAUAAUACAAUAAAAUAGAGUUGUUUUGGUGGGCAUGAAAGGUGAUCUUUGAAAGAGUUGUUAUCUUUUAAAAGCUACUAAAGGUACUUUGUACAACAAAUAGUUCUUGAUUUUAAAUUUACUGAAAGUGUUCCAUCUCCUUGUCAGUGCGUAACCAAAAUUUUUCUUGUGUACUGUCAAUUAGCUUAUGUUCUUCCUUCUGUAGCUUCAGCUGGAGUUAAAUUUGACCCAACUUGUUAGCUACAGGGGGUAGGAUCUGUGGAGGAAGCCUCUGCAAUGCUUUUAAAAGAAAGCUGGAUCACGCCCGACACCAUUGGUAAUUGAGGCUAGCGUAUGUCUUUAGUCUCUUAAGUUCCAAAUCAGGUCUGAUCUCUUUCUUCGUCUUCUUUUUUUAUUUAUUUUUUAUUUUUUAAUCUAAUAGGAAGCCUCAUCUUAAACUUAAUACCCAUGAUACUAUCUGCUUAAAGUAAAAAUCAUGGCAGCAAUAACCAGUCCUUUUAGGCGUACAAAGAAGACCAUGAUAGGAGUGGUGUUCCCUUUGGAACUUUGUAAGCUGUUCGAGUGCAUUUUUAGGAUGGCAUACCUAAUCCAGAUUGUCUAGUUGCUGUUUUAAUAGAACUGAAAAUUAAGCACCGACUUAAAUUUGAAGUGCUUGUUAUAAAAGACACAUUUUCAAGUGUUUAAUGUUCAAUGAUAAAUGAAGUUCUGCUCACUUGAAUUUUGUCCCAUUUUAUGUGACACUUUGCGCUAAAUCGAAUAACGGUUUUUAUCUUCUUGUCUUAAAUCAUAUUUCGUUAUUCACACUCAGAGUGCUCCUGGCAUCAAACUUUUAUUGUAAUUGUUAUUAUUAUUAUUUCUUUGGUGGGGGAGGCCUGGAGGGGUUGUGAGGCACACACGCCCACAAUUACUGCCAUUGUCAGUUUUAGCUGUAAUGUUCUCUGAAAAGCUUUCUACAAAGGGAGAGCAGGGUUCCACUUGCCCCAGGCAUAAUUCGCCCGAACAGACACUGGAUUUCCUGCUUAAAUACAUGUAGGAUCUUAAUAUUAGUAAGACUCCUUGCACUCCUGCAUCCAGCAUUAAUUCGAUGAGAGAUAAGAGUCAGUACUUAAUAAUAAUAUACAGAAUAAGAAAUGUUUGGGUUGUUGAGAGGAUUAAACCGACAGUUGACCUUUCAAAGUAGUCUUUUUUUUCCAUAUCCAGGUAAUACUUGACCGAAGUUACAUUGGCCAUCGCUCUUCUUUUAUUCACACAACAUUUUCACAAUGUGCUUUUUCCUCUCCCCUGAAUUUUGAUGUGUGGCUCUAACUAGCUUUUGCUUUUUGCCCUUUUUUACCUGCUUCAGUCUUUUUAUGUUUUUGCAUUUCCUUCUUUUGUAGCCUCUUUUUCUCGCUUCGCGCAAAGUACACUAAAGUUUGAGAGGCUACUAAAAGCACUCUUCUGCCUCUAGCUCGGGCAAGGCUUAGCGAAAAUACAUCGUUAAGAAGAGUCAGCCACCAUAAACUGGGGUUCCAGCCAACCAUCGGUGAUUAACUAACCAAUGCCAAAACCGGUGCACAAGGAACAGAUGAUUUUGAUGAACUCUUGUGUAUCUCUCUUUCCUCUUUACAGAGCUGGUGGUUUGAUUUUUGAGCUAUGUUAGACAUUCAAAUGUAGUCCCAGCCAAGCUGCUAAUGAUAGUUGUGUAUCGAACUACAAUUAUUUCAUUGUAAAAAUUUGUGAUUUGUUUUUCAACAAAUUUAUUGUUUUACAUUAGAUCCUUUUUUAUUUUAUUAUUAUUAUUUUUAUUA